AUGACUAUAUAUAAUUUCCUGUUAGCUGAUGUUGCAUGUCAAGGUAUAACCGCCUGGCCCUUUGACUUUAUAUAUGUCAAGCUGUUUUUUUCCAGGUUCGAACUAGCUUUAAGAGAAUAUGAAAUCGACGUGACGUUACCAUACUGGGAUGUAACGUUAGACAGUCAGCUGGAGUGGCCCGCCCAGUCUCUGAUCUGGGGCCCCCAAUACGCCGGAAAUGGGAAUGGCCUGGUCAAUUCAGGACCUUUUGCCAACUGGGAUAUCCAAGGGAGGAAACUCAUGCGCAAUAUUGGCCACUCUGGACGACUCAUGAAGCCAAAUGACGUCACCAAGAUUAUGACAGGAAGUAUGUCUAUAUCCGAUAUAAUUUUCCCAAACGCUGAAUUUGAAAAUAACUUGGAGCUUCACUCCUAUGGAGUGCGCCGGUGGGUCGGAGGAGACAUGGCCCUUUUGCAAACUUCAAUGAACGAUCCCAUGUAUAGCAUGGAUCCUGAAACAGACUGGCCCGUCAAGUUUAGUGGAUACACGGCACAUUUCCCAAUCCAGGAACUGGGUGUGGUCCCGGCCAUCAGAAACAGAGCGGGCCUCCGAGACAGAUACGCCUCGGGUGCGUCUUGUCAUGGAAACAGUGGGUAUCAGAAUUCCUACUGCUUGGACGGAAACAACUGUGACGAGCGGGACUGGGUCUACCUCUCCAUACAAGUCUCCUACAUCCGACCCGACGAGUUCAGUUAUCCCGUCAAAGCCUUCACCUCCCCAUCGACUAGGGCGACAAACGAUAUCUACUCUGCCGUCCCAUUUUCCAAUGGCGCUUAUAAUGUCAGCUUGAGGAACAAAGGGAAUUCCCCGCACCGAAGUUUGAUACGUGCAAGUGCUCCAGCUCGGAAACUGGGCGAGUUUAUGUUCAGACGUACGGCCUCGAUUACAACUGAACUGACCGGGAAUACUCUGUGGUGGACAAGCGCCUACCCAUUUCCUCAAUCUGGACUUACGCGGCUGUAA